GUUUUUUUUCUUUUUCUUUUGGGAGAGUGAAGGAGGAUAGGAUUCAGAGAGGAUGAAGAUUAGAUGAAUGCACUGUAAACCCUACUCUUCUUCUACCUCCAGCUUUGAUUGUGAUAACCUCGGUUUUUGAAGGUAGUUAGUUUGUAAAAAUGAUGCUAAGUGGAUGCAGCACGCCAAGUGCACAUGUUCUAACGAGUUCUCGGGGAUUCAAGUCAUCAUCAUACAGAGCUGCAUCAGGACGGACUCAACAUUAUCUUGCUCCAAGUCCAUUGUCUCUCAUUAAGAACUCUUUGCGAUCACCUUUACCAUUUAGUGAGCUUCAACUCAGAGUCCCAAGAGGUGUGCCUCUUUCAUAUCUCUCAGCCUCGUCUUCCCGGCUUCUGAAUGGGGAACAAGGUAGUCUGUAUGGUGCAUUACCCGUGUUACCCGUCCGCAGAAAAGCCCUUGUGGUCCCAAGAGCAUCAAAAGAUGUACCGUCCAGUUUCCGAUUUCCUCCAAUGACGAAAAAGCCACAAUGGUGGUGGAGAACUUUGGCAUGCCUGCCUUACCUGAUGCCACUGCACGAAACUUGGAUGUACGCAGAAACCGCUUACCAUCUCCACCCGUUUCUAGAGGAUUUCGAGUUCUUAACCUACCCAUUUCUAGGCGCCAUCGGGAGGUUGCCGAGCUGGUUCCUAAUGGCAUACUUCUUUGUAGCGUAUCUUGGGGUAGUACGGAGAAAAGAAUGGCCUCACUUCUUCAGGUUCCAUGUAGUGAUGGGUAUGCUGCUUGAAAUCGCUCUACAGGUGAUAGGAACCGUCAGCAAGUGGAUGCCUCUUGGAGUCUAUUGGGGUAAGUUUGGAAUGCAUUUCUGGACAGCUGUUGCGUUUGCGUAUCUGUUUACCGUCCUUGAGAGCAUAAGGUGUGCACUUGCGGGUAUGUACGCAGACAUCCCAUUUGUCUGUGAUGCUGCCUAUAUUCAGAUUCCCUACGACUAAUUACAAGCAAGGAAUUGCAGCAGCAUUAGAUCGUUGUUAAAAAUAUAUCUUUGUUAGUCCUUUUGUGUUGUAACAAUGUCUAUUUUUGAAUGACAGUUUUCUGUUUCUAAUAUGUCAUCAUUUCAUGAA